AAAGCAGAAAAACCCAACUUCCAAAUAACUGCCAAAUUUUCAGUGGCUAAAACUGAGCAGCUUACAUGAUACACCUCUUCCUCUAAAAUGGCUUCUUCUCUUGCCUUCCUUCAACCUCUCUCCAAUGUCUCUUCCUCUUCAACCCUCCUCUUUCUCCGUAAUCCCCACCAUAUCCCUUCUUAUUCUUCUUCUUCCUCCUUAAAACCCUCCAAUUUCCUCAAAACCCUCCCAGUCAAAUCCCUCACCGCCUCAUUCUCCCUCGCAGAAUCAGACUCCCCCAAAUCUUUCCAAACCAACGGUCCAAAUUUUCAAUCUUUCCUCCAAGAAUUAGCCGACAGCUUUGACCUUCCACCGGACUACUUUGCGCAGCUUCCUAACGAUCUCCGGCUCGAUUUGAAUGAUGCAGCAUUUGAUCUUUCAAAUGGAAGGGUUAUCGACGAGUGUGGUCAAGAGUUAGGAGAGACAUUGUUAAAUCUCUCUCGUGCAUGGGAACAGGCCGAUACAUCAACUUCCCAUGCUUUAGCUAGCAAGCUCCCUGGGUUGGAGGAGUCUAUGACAGGCAAUGCCAAAUCAGCAUUUGGAAAGCGUUUGGUUUCUGCCGGAAGAAGAUUUCAGUCCAUGGGACAGUAUGGCCAAGGUGAACUGCAAAAGAUUGCAAAAGUAAUGAUUACAACCGGAAAGCUUCUGUCUGAAAGUUCAACAUCGACAGUCACUGAUGAACCAAAGACGGAAAGCAGGAUGCUGAAGUUUGGAGAACUUCAGCUCGAGCUAACAUCAGAUAAAGCCACCAUAGGGGCCGUAAUCAGCUUUGCUUUUGGGAUUCUUUCAUGGGAGCUAGCACAGGGUAUCCAAAACAUCCCGGAGAGUUCAUUGCAGUACGCAAAUGACAAUGCUUUGAUGCUGGCUAAGUCUUUGAGGGGCGCUCUGCUUACUAUCUGCUAUUCCUCAGCGAUAUUGUCUGCUUUUACUACCAUCGGACUUCUCUUACUCGGAAGACAACUAAAGUCACCAAACGAGAAGUGAGCUUCCUCGUGUUCUGUCCCUCUGUUCUGCCUUUACCUCUCUCAGGAUAUGCAAAAGUUGAUCGAUCUGCAAUCUCAAGAAGGGCAUAAGAAGAUUUUUGUUAACAAAACAACUGUAUCAUGUAAUUAACUCAAGAGUAUUGAGAUCUCUUCUUUUGUGUUAAUGCUGAUUGUUGUUUACUUUUA